UCAGAGUCAGUCAAUCAGCAAAAGGUCUUCUAAAUGCCAGGUGAUUCAGGUAGCUUCGGGCGGCGGAUGUUUUGAGUGUGAAACGUGUGCUGAAGAACUUGAUUUAGUGUGGAUUUCAUCUUGGAGCUUAGAAGUGUCUCUUGAGGAGUUUUCUUAAGUAUUUCGGUUCAAAUCUGUGCAAUUUGGUGUGCCAAAGUUUCAACCUAAGUGAACAGUUCAUCGACUUGGGGCUCUAAGAAGAGAAAAAAAACUACCAUGAAAGUGGAUUACGCGAAAUAGCGGAUUUUUGUUCGAAAACCUUUCCUGCCAAGUGACGGACUUUUAUAGUUCUAAUGGAGCCCCAUAAUUUCGAUAUCAAGCCCAGCCUGCAACAGAUGAAACUGGAACCGGGGACCGGAGUCCCGUUUGGCGGCAACCUGGAUGACAAGGCAUCAACGGCUGGCCUGCAGCACCUGUCGUCGCUGAACAGCAUGAGCAUCGAGUUGUGUCUGGUGUGCGGCGAUCGUGCCUCCGGCCGGCACUAUGGCGCCAUCAGCUGCGAGGGCUGCAAGGGCUUCUUCAAGCGGUCGAUCCGCAAACAGUUGGGCUACCAGUGCCGCGGGUCGAUGAACUGCGAGGUGACCAAGCAUCACCGGAACCGGUGCCAGUACUGCCGACUACAGAAGUGCCUCGCCUGCGGAAUGCGAAGUGAUUCCGUCCAGCAUGAGCGCAAGCCCAUCAUCGACAAAAAGGACGGUUCGGCUGGUCCGAACCCCAACAGCAAGUACAACCCGCACCGGAACAAGGAGUACCACAACGAACAGAAGAGCAACGCUGCCGCAGCCGCGGCCGCCAACGCCGCCUCAUACCUCAACAUCUUCCCCGGUUUCAACCUGGCCGAGUUCACGGCCAACCUCAGCAAACGGGUCCCCAGCAAGUCCCCACCAAUCGCCUCCUCAAUGUCCACCUCCAUCACCUCCUCGUCCAACCCGUUCACCGGUCUUGCUUCGCUCAAAUCCCAAGACCACCACCACCAAGAUCGCGCACCCCCCACCCCAGCCGACUCGAUCGCCGCCCUCAUCGGCCUCAACACCACGGCCAUUGCAAUGUCCGGCCUCGGACCACCCCCAUCAUCCCAGCAACCCCAACCCCAACUCGACCCCCCAGAAUCCCACCCCAAACCGUCCCCCAUGGACACCAGCGACAACAGUCCCACCUCCAACCCCAACCCAACCUCUGCCACCAACACCUCCCUCGAGAAGAACCUCAUCUGCAACUCGCUCGAGUUCAUCCAGAACCUCGAGCACGAACUCAACAACAACAACAACAACAGCUCCUCGACAACCCUGCCCCACAACCACCCCACAAUCAAGUCGGAACACCCGCUGCUUCUCCUCAACAACGGGGAAGAUUCUAACGGUGCGGGUGGUGGAGGCGGCGCCGAUGACUGUCUCAACUUUGACUACGGAAGCUGUUUGGAGCUGAGUGAGACAUGCGUGAGCUUCGACAUUCAGGUGCCGAACGUGUUGCCCAACUACCUGAGUGCGCACUACGUGUGCGAGACGGGAUCGCGGCUGCUGUUUGCCACGGUGCACUGGAUGAAGAAAAACCAGCUGUUUUCGAUGUUGAGCGACUCCUUCCAGUCGGAGCUGCUGCGCCAAACGUGGCCCGAACUUUUCAUGAUCGGCCUCGCCCAAGCCAGCGGCCAGCUCUCGUUCAACACCAUCAUGCUGGCGCUGAUCCAGUACAUGAAGACGCUGAUCCUGAACAAAAAGUACGGCAGCGACAUCAUCAACUAUCUCACCAAGUACGUGCUGCUCAUCCAGGAGCUGGUCGGAGAGCUGCAAAAGCUGAACCUUACCGACCAGGAGUUUGCCUAUCUGCGGUUGCUGUGCGUGUUUAACCCAGACAACAUUCUGCAGGACAACGUCAAGAAUCAGCAUCUGGCGAAGAUCCAGGACAUGGUACUUACCAGCUUCCGCGAGUAUUACCGCGCCAAGCACAGCCGGCUGAUGGCCGCCGGGAGUGAGGAGAACAUCCGCGAGGACGACGAAGAGGACGAGGACAGCUAUUACGAGACGUCGAGCCGGCACCAGCAGAAGCGACGCCAGCGGCAAAACUCCGAGCAGCGGCUCGUCACGAUCCUGAUGAAGUUGCCCACGCUGAGGGCGCUCAACUCGAAGCGCGACCUCGAGGAUCUGUUCUUCAGCAACCUGAUCGGGCAGGUGCAGAUCGAGAGCGUGCUGACGUACAUUCUGCAGACGAACGACGGGGCGGCCACGUUCGCCGGACUGGUGCGGAACUAUGCGCCGGCGGCGGUGGCCGUGAGUGCCGGAGGCGGCAUGGACAGUGACGAUUGAUUUCAACCCCCUCAUCUUUUGAUAUAGUAUUGUUGAUGACUGAUGACCACCGAGAGGGCCUAGAACGAGAGAGAGAGAUGGAUCUUAUUAUUAAAAACAAUUUGACUGAUUGACUGUUGAAAAGAUGCAAGAAAAGCAAACAAUUUAAUGAAAACAGCAAAGCUAGAAAAAAAACGUCUCUUCCAAAGUCUGCAAACUGAAGGUUUUUACAUAUACUUACGUAGGGUUGUUAAAACGAAGAAAACAAAAAGAAAGAGCAAAUUGCAUUAACGAUUUUUGUAAUAAGCAAACUUAAAAGUUAAGCUAAAACUAGCAACUAGAGCAAGUACCCAAGUAUUAUUGUUAGAAAAACUUACAGACUUUCCCACAAAAAAAAAAACUCACAAAACCCACACACACACAGACUACAAA